CGGCGCUGCGUCGGCCAGAGCUGCGCCGAGUUCGCGCUCGCGAUGUUGGAGGCGACCGGCGCGCACGGCGUCGCCGCGGCCGGCGGUGGUUUGGGCGACCCGCCCGCCCCAGAGGCGGCGCGGCAGGCGGAGCUCCUCCGAGCGGCGCUGCCGCGCGCGGGCGUCUACCUGCCGGAGGAGCUGUUUGCCAGCGCGGAGGCGCGUGCGCCGAUGCUCGCGCGCCUCCUCGCCACGCCGGGGACGCUCAACGCCGGUUUCGAGGAGUGCCGACCGGAAGAGGCUUGCGUCGUCGCGGCGGCCGAGGGAGAGGCGGCCGGUGCCGCCCCAAGCCGGGUGGCGGUCGACGCGCUCGGCUUUGACGACCUACUGCCGGGCUUGGACGGGGAUUGAUGUGUGUAGUGUGGGCUUCGUCUCGAUGCAUUAUCAUGCACUGUACUGUACGUUACGCCCAUGAAGAACGCC